AUGUCGCGCCAAGUUGACAGGCUGGCUGAGCCAGCCGACAAAAAGAAGAUGCGGCUCAUUGUAGCCAGCUGCAGCAGAACAGGUACUCUAGGUCUCCAUGAAGCCCUGGAAAUGAUUGGAUAUACACCAUAUCAUAUGAUCGACCUGAUGCUCAAGGGUAGAAAGCCUCACAUUAAAGCCUUCACAGAGGGCAUCCUAGCUUAUAAUAAUCGAUUCUCUGGUAUCAAGAGAUACGAGACGCCAGACCUUGAUCGAUGGAUAGGGAAUUGUGACUGCUUGAUGGAGAUACCAAGCUAUAUUGGGCUCCGAGCCCUGGCUGGUUAUAUUGAAGACCCCGACGUCAAAUUUAUAGUGACUGAGCGUUCGCCUGACAAAUGGGUCAAAUCGUUCAACAACACGGUUGGUGAAGCGAUCAUGGCGGGCCACAGAUUUCCACUCAACAUUCUGAGGCGCUUCAACUCGGAAGUGGGGCAGUUCUUUAAUCUGGCCGAAGUGAUGUACUGGGCUUAUUCUGACGGAACAAACCCCGGCCAUCCGAACAACGAAGCGGCUCUUCGUAAGAACUAUGUUGAAUACAUCCAAGAAGUGAAGAAGACACUGCCAAAAGAUAGACUUCUUGUCGUCAGACUUGAGGAUGGACUGGGCUGGGAGGAGAUCUGUCCAUUCUUAGACGUGCCUAUUCCUGAAGAGAAGUACCCCCGAGGCAAUGAGCCAGACAGAUUCCACAAAAUUAUUGAAGAGUAUCUGGAGCCAAAAUUGAAGAAUUCCAUGAUUAACUUAGGCACAUUUGUGGCCACAAUCGCUGGGAUAGGUGGCUAUGUGGGCUGGAGGUUAUAUCGCGGGCUUUAG